CUCUGAAAGCUGAGCAUACUGAACCGUCUUGAGACCUACAAAAACCACUUUUCGCCUUCCCUAUAAAGCUCUAAAAUAGCAGCAUCGCUUUCUUCUUCUAGCUCCAUCUUCCAGUUAUCCUUUUUCAGUCCCAUAAUUUUCAACUAGUAAUUAAGUUUUGACUUUGUACGAAAAGAUGGGGAGAGGAAAGAUCGUGAUUCGAAGGAUUGACAAUUCCACUAGCCGGCAAGUGACGUUUUCCAAGAGAAGAAAUGGGUUAGUGAAGAAAGCUAGAGAGCUAUCUAUUCUGUGUGAUGCAGAAGUUGGAUUGAUUGUGUUCUCCAGCACUGGCAAGCUUUAUGACUAUGCAAGCACCAGCAUGAAAUCUGUUAUUGAGCGCUAUAACAAGGUCAAAGAAGACCAUCAACAGUUAAUAAAUCCUGCAUCAGAAGUCAAGCUUUGGCAGAGAGAAGUAGCAAGCUUGCGGCAACAAGUGCAGUACAUGCAAGAAUGUCACAGGCAAAUGAUGGGCCAAGAGCUUUCUGGAUUGGGUAUCGAAGAGUUAGGAAAUCUGGAAAAGCGACUGGAGAUGAGUUUAAAGGGUGUUCGCAUGAAGAAGGAUCAAAUUCUGAUUGAUGAGGUCAAAGAACUACACCAAAAGGGAAGCCUUGCUCAUCAAGAAAAUGUAGAACUUAAUAGAAAGAUAAAUCUCAUCCGCAAGGAAAAUGAAGAACUACAAAAGGUUAUUGAAGCUAAGUGUAGAAAAGGUGUUGCAGCAUCCAAUCCUCCAUUCACUAUCAACUAUGGAUGUAAUAUGCUUGCUCCUAUCAGUCUCCAGCUAAGCCUGCCAGAGUCAACGUAGUAAGCCAUCAGCCAAAGCAAUGAAAUUGGGAUAUUCCCUCAAACUAUAACUAUUGCCUAGGUCUAUAAAUAUGUUUAAGGUCCUUAUUAAUAUACUAAAUUUUGGUUUUAGACUAUCUAAAACUUGGUUUUAUUUUGUGCUUUCUGAUUUUUUAAAAGUGAACACCAAAAAUUUAAAUUAUGGUCCCAGUUUCAUCUCGAAUUUUGAUAUUAUGAGAAAUUGUGAACAAAUAUGGUUAAUGCAUGCUACUGCAAUAUGUAGUCAUGGAGAGUCUAAAAAUCUUGAUGUCAGUCACAGACCAUUUUCUAAAACCUUGGUGAAACUAUUAUAUAUGGGCUAAGUGUCAAGCGAAUUUUCAACACUUAAAUGACACCUUAGCUUUUAACAGGUCCGUGAUAAUACCUGAAAUUAUAAGUGUUCAGUUUUAAAAAUUCACAACACAAAUUAAAACACAUUUUUUUAAUAGAGG